AAUACUUUUACGUUCUACUCGCUUGUGAAAGAAAAGUGGAUUUUGCUUUCCAAGGAGUUGGUGUUGAGUCAUGACUGGAAAGCUCACAAGUUACUCUUCAGGUUUUUUUCAGCAAUCUUUGCAGGACCUUAUUCGUUCGGUUCGAGCACAUCGCAGAGAUGAAACAGAAUAUCUUGCCAAGAAAUUUGCUCAAGUUCAGCAAGAGUGCAAGUCAACAGAACCUAGUGAAAAGGCUAUUGCAGUGCUAAAGCUCAUUUACUUUCAGUUACAAGGAUACAAUGUUUCUUCCGAAGCUUUUCAUAUUAUUGAGGCUAUGAGUAGACAGGAGUGGUGGAUGAAGAGAACCGGUUACCUCGUUGCUUCUCUUACACUGAGUCCUUCAACAGACUUAUUAUUAUUGACAACCAACUUGUUAAAGAAAGAUCUAUCCAACGUUCAGUCCUUGAACGCCUCUCUUGCCUUGAGUUUUCUUUCCUGCAUAGUCAAUGAGGAGAUAGGUAGGGAGUGUGUAAGCGAUAUAUCUCAGUUAUUGUCGAGUCCCAAGCCUUAUAUCAGAAAGAAGGCUAUAUUCGUCGUCUUUCGUGUCUUACUUGUCUAUCCAGAAGCAACAACUUCAGUGUUGCCUCGUUUGAAAGAAAGAUUAGAAGACAGCGAUACUUCUGUUCUUUGUGCAGCAGUUACAGUUUUUGCAGAAUUGGCUUCGAGAAAUCCCAAAUUGGUUGUACCCUAUAUACCCCGAUUGUACCAUAUAUUGCAACACUCUUCGAAUAAUUGGAUGUCCAUCAAAAUAUUGAAGACUUUGACCGCUCUUUGUCAAGUGGAGAGUCGAUUAUCCAAGAAGUUGUUACCUUUGAUACAAAAUAUGUUGAAAAACACCAAAGCCAAAUCUUUGUUAUACGAGUGUUGUCGAACAGUUGCUAUUGGCAUGUUGGACCAAAAGGAAGUCGUUGAGUUGUGUUCUGAAAGGUUGAGUAUGUUUUUAUCGGAAAAGGAUCCCAAUUUGAAAUAUUUAUCCUUGUUUCUGAUGAAGAAAUUGGAAAGCAGUUUUCCAGUAGUUAUCUAUCGACACAAAGAUAUCAUAUUCGAUUGUUUGGAUGAUUCCGAUGACGCCAUUCGAAGGAGAGCGCUGGAUUUGGUUCGACGACUCAUUUCGAAAUCGAAUUUUAAGGAAAUUGCUCGCAUUCUUAUGAGAAAGUUGCGAGAGGAAAGCCAGUGGUUGGGUUCCCGUGGUUUUCGAGAUUCUCUCAUUCACACUUUGUUGGAUGCAGGUUCCUAUAGUUUCAAUGGUGCAGAAGGAUUCCCUAAUUUAUCUAGCUCAUCUGAUUUUCAUUGGUAUCUGUAUUCUAUUCUUCAUGGAUUAGUAAAGAUUUAUACGGACGAGAGAUUUUCUAUUGCACAUAUGAUGAAGAUUGCCGGACAGUUUGUGGAUAUUGUAGUACGAGUAGAGUCAUGUCGGAAAGUUGCUGUAAAUAUAGCAUUAGAAUGGCUUUGGUUGUCAAGAGGGAAGAAGCUAGUGCUCGAUAGCAAUAGUAAUGGAUUGUUUCAAGUGGUGGAUGUUCCGAGUCAGUCUUCAUCGUUGGCCACGCAUGGGAAUGGAUUAUUGGCGGAGCCUUUGUUAUUUGCUGCAUGUUGGAUAUUAGGAGAAUAUAGCAACUGGGUAGAACAACCCAUGUUGGCUUGGAAAGGCCUCUUACAAGAUCAUUUGUUUCGUUCUCAUUCAUCAGGUUAUCGAUUAGCCAUUUUUGCGAGUUGGAAAUUAUUUCUACAGUGUUGGAAACGUUUUGAAACUGAUACCGAGUUUCAUGAUAUAGUGAAGGAAGGAAUGAUAUUUUUACAACAAGUUUGGUCCUCCAUGAGAACCAAUCCCCAGCCGUUGGUACAAGAACGUGCACAUUUGUUUUAUUAUCUGUUGUCUCAGUUAUGGCAGAUAAGGGAUGAAAAAGUCACAGUAUUGUAUGAUGUAGCUGUAACUGAUUUGAUACAAGUAUUUGAAAAGCCACUUAAACCAGUAGACUCAACAGUACAAUCCAAGUAUCAACCUUUUGAAUGGGAUAAGAAAUGGAAUGAGAGUAUAUUGGAUAAAGAAGAAAGAAAUGAAAUGAUAGCGCAAGGGAAGGAUAUGCUCCAACAUGAAAAAGAAUGGUUACAAGACAAUGUUUCCAAACAGCAAAUAGAAAAGGAGUCUCAGAAAGAUGCUCAUAAGCCUCGUUUGUAUUCCAAAGAUGAUCCAUUUUAUAUAUCGUCAAGUCGAAAAAAGAGAAGACCGAAAUCCCACAAAGAAAAAGCUAUUGAAGCUUCAUUUACUGAUCGUUCACAAGGCUUAAUGGAAGAAGAAGACACAUUGGUCUUAUCAUCUCAACCAAACGACGAGACAGUGCAAGUAUUUAUGGGAUUGGAAAAGCCCCCACUGGAGAAUUUGAAAGAAACGAGUCCUUAUGAAAGUGCCAAUGUGCAAUACGAAACAUUAUCAAGUAAGAGAGGGCUAGAAUAUAUCGAUAUUUCAUCGUUACAAGAAGAAGUUGUGCCUUCCAGUCAUUUGAAAGCUGCAUCCAGUCGCUCUCAUCGUAAAAAACAAACAAAGAAAAAGAAGAAUAAAUCUCGCUCGAAAAGUAAAGAUGCAGCAGAGCAUAAUAUUCAACCAACCAAUGAACAAGCAGAAGAAAGUUUGAUUCAGUGGUAAAUAAGUGGAAUUAUUAUUGUAGAAUAUUGGAUGAACCAUAUUGUUGCGUGGUUAGAAAUUCAAAUAAUUGUUUUGUUAUCAAAUCAGUCCAUUGCUCUUGAGUAAACUCUUGUUCUAUAUGAGAAUCAUUCAACUGGAUAUGAAUAUCUGCCUGU